AUGAAUUAAUCAAUUAAAAACAUGAAGAAAUCUGUGAUCUAAGAUUAAAAAGUAGAUGAUAAUUAAUAAAGAAAAAAGAACGAAGAAAAUUUAAAGAUUCCUCUCAAUCUUUAUCGUUCAUAUACAAGAAUCACUUAAUAAUCUUUAUUAGAGGAAAUUGCUCCUAUGAUGUCACAAAUUGAGUUUCUUAAAAAAAACUGUCCUGAAGGUACUAAAAUAGAAGAAUUUGCUGCUUAAGCUUGCUCCUAUUUUAAUUAUGAAUAAUUUAGUAAAGGACAAAUUGUUUUUAAUUAUGGGGAAUAUGGAGAUAAAGUGUAUUUAAUAUUACUUGGAGAGGUUGGAGUCUUUAUUUCUAAAUCUUAAGAAGAAGUUUCAAGUGACAAAGAGGUUAUUGAAACUUAUAAAAGUAAUUUAAACCCUUUUGAAGAAGAAGUGUUAGAUUAUGAAACUGUAUUUAAAAAGAAAAAAAGACCACAAGAUCUUUAAAUGGAAUUAUUACUAGCUUAAUAAAAGAAUCCAUUUGAAAUAAAUAACAUGUAUUUUAAAGAUGGAGUAUGUUAUUAUAAAAAAGUCUUUUAAUUUUACUCAGGUUAAGCCUUUGGUGAUAUGGCAUUAUCUUCUGAUAAACCAAGAACUGCAAGUAUUUUAGUUUUAUCUGAUUAACUUCAUGUAUUAACAAUGAAUAGAUAAGAUUUUAAAAGUGUUGGAGAAAGAUCUAUUAAAGAAAAAAAUUAGACAUUUGAGUACUUUUUAAGUAUUUUUGUGGGUGUCAGUAAAUUUAUUGUGACCAAGUUUAUUUAAUAUUUUUAAAAAAUUGAAUUUGCCCCAUAAACUAUUUUAUGGAAAGAAGGAGAUGAACCAAAAUUCUUUUUACUUAUUGUUAGAGGAAGAAUUGAAAUCUAUAGAUCUUAUGCUGAAGAUACUUUACAUGGUAAACUUAAAGAACCCUCUAUUUUCUAAUAAAAAAUAAAACCAAAAAAGAAAGUAACUCUCUCAUAACUCUCUGAUAACUCUUUUGUUGGAGAAGCUGAACUAAUAGAUAAUAUUCCUAUAAGGUUAUAUUCUUGUAUGACAUCUGAUAAUACUCUUGCUUAUUAUAUGGAAAGUGAUGCAUUUAAUAUUGUUAGAAAAAAUCAUCCAGAUUUUCUUAAAAUUUUAAAAGAGAAAUCUCAUGUUAUUAAGUCUUAUUUACUAAGAAGAGAAAAAUAUCUUUUUGAAAAUAUUCAAAAAUAAGAUAAAGCAAUGGAAAAACUUCAAUAUCCUGAUUCUAAUAACACUGAAAGAGUAACAGUUGAUGAAUUAUAUAGAGAUAUUAGCUAAUUAAACUCUAAAAUUUUAAGAUCUCAAUAAAGAAGUAAGUUAACUACUACUACAGAUAUUGUUAAUUCUAAUAAUUUACUUAGUAAAAAAAUUACUCCUUAAUCUGAUAUGUUUAUUUUUCAUAAGAAACAAUUAGAAUCAUUAAAGUAAAAGAAAUAAUCCUAAUCUUAAAGUAGUAGUGUCAUACCUUCUAUUAAUUUAUAGAAAUCUAUUUCCUAAAAUAAUUUUGCACUUGAAAAUUAAGUGUUAAAAUCAUAUAGAAAAAUGAGAUUUUAAUAGUUUUAAGCUAAUAGAGAAGUUUGUCUUAAGAUCAAAUCUUCAAUUCGAUCUUUUAUGACAACUUAGCCAAGAUCAUCUUCACAUGAAUCUUCCUUUCCUAUAGUAUCAAAUGAAUUUGUAAAAAAGAUUGGUACUCUUUAAGAAUUUUAUUUUGCAAAAUCCUUUAUAACCACGAAUAAAUGA